AUGGAUAGAGUGAACCAGUCUGUGGUGUCAGAGUUUGUGUUCCUGGGACUCUCCAAUACCUGGGAGAUCCAACUUCUCCUCUUUGUGUACGCCUCCGUAUUUUAUGUGGCAAGCAUGAUGACAAACUCUUUCAUUGUGCUCACAGUGGCUUCUGACCUUCAUUUACACUCCCCAAUGUACUUUUUGUUGGCCAAUCUCUCCUUCAUUGACCUGGGUGUUUCUUCUGUCCUUACACCCAAGAUGAUUUAUGACCUUUUCAGAAAGCACAAAGUCAUCUCCUUUGGAGGCUGCAUCACUCAGAUCUUCUUCAUCCACGUCAUUGGUGGUGUGGAGAUGGUGCUGCUCACAGCCAUGGCCUUUGACAGAUACAUUGCCAUAUGUAAGCCUCUCCACUACUUGACUAUUAUGAGCCGAAAAAUGUGUAUUUUUCUUCUGGUUGCAGCAUGGAUAAUUGGCUUGAUCCACUCUGGGACUCAACUGAGUUUUGUUAUAAAAUUGCCAUUCUGUGGCCCGAAUGUGUUGGAUAGUUUUUAUUGUGACCUUCCUCGGUUCAUUAAACUUGCCUGCAUAGACACCUACAGACUAGAGUUCAUGGUCACAGUCAACAGUGGGUUUAUAUCUCUGGGAUCAUUCAUAAUUUUGGUCAUCUCCUAUGUUUUUAUCCUGGUCACAGUUCGGAAACACUCUUCAGAGGGGUUAUCCAAGGCCCUCUCCACUUUGUCAUCUCAUAUCAUGGUGGUGAUUUUGUUCUUUGGCCCUUGCAUCUUUGUUUAUACCUGGCCUCACCCCACUUCACAUGUAGACAAAUUACUUGCUGUUUUCACUGCAGUUCUCACUCCUUUUCUGAAUUCAGUCAUCUAUACAUUCAGGAACAAAGACAUGAAGAUGGCAAUGAGGAAAGUAUGCAGCCAACUUAUAAUUUAUAGAAAGAUUUCUUAA